AUGAGGUCGGUGAAGACCUUGAGAAAUCGGCUUCCGAGGUCCCUUUUCAAGCACUCAAAUGACCGACGUUUGGAGGAGAGUCCUGAUGCAUCACUGCUCGACCUGAAGGAAUCGUCUUCCCAGUCGCCGACCCACGAAGACCUGGAAACUCCGCGGGUUUCUCCUAUCUCCAGGCUCCCGUUCGAUGUUCUCGUCGAGAUAUUUCUCUACGUGCACGGCGACACCGCCAGCGAGGGCUCCCGGAUAGCAUACUCGACCUUUGAGUGCAGCCGCGUAUGUGUGGCGUGGCGCCAGCUCGCGCUUCAUACACCAUUGCUUUGGUCCCGAAUCAACUUCGACACUCCAGCUUGGACUCGUCACUGUCUCGACCGGGCGAAAUCAGCGCCGCUUAUUGUGGAAGGGGACCUGGCGAGCGACAGCCGCGGCGCGCCGUCGGUGGUCACUCAGAGGGAGGAGCAUAUAACAGCCGUGCUGGAGGAUCACCGGGAGAGAAUCAAGGCGAUCAGCCUUGUUCUCCCCCCACGGCCAACUGAACGUCUCCAGCGUGCACUCGUUGGGGGCUUUCCUAUCCUUGUGCGGCUCCAUCUGCGAGUCAAGAACGACUGGAGCGUCCCUGCGCCAACGCCUAAUUGCUAUCCUCGGCUCCACACACUUUGUCUCAACUCCCCCUUUCCUCGAAUACUCCGCCUCACGGGAGAACGACUGGCGAUACUUGAUCUAAAUGCAGCCGGCAUCGACGCUGAGCUCCCGUACCUUCUGUCCCUGCUUACCCAGCUCACCACACUUAAACUCACCAUCCGGCGCAAUAUCUGGGGUGGGCCACCCACCCCGCCUCAUACCACAACAUCACUUCCCAAACUCCGCUGGCUGUUCAUCACUGACUUCUCGGAGUACGAGGAGCCUUCUCGCAGUGGCCAGCUUCUUGGCGCGCUUGCACUCCCCGUGCUACAGCGAUGCACGCUGAAUCUGUGGCACGUGCCCCGCACAGGCCGGCUCCUCCGUGGCCUCCUCGACACCGCGCUCGGGACGCACUUCCCUGCGGCCCGUGGCCAGAGCCAGCGCACGUUCCUCCGGGUCCAAUACGAAGAUCCCACGUCAACGGUUAGGUGCCGUCAUAUGACGGAGCGAACCCCGCAGCACCACCUGGACCUCACUUUCCGCUCCGUCGCCAGCGACGGUGCUGCACGCGAACUCGUCGUCGCGUGGCACGUCGAUUCGAUCCCAGAAGCCAGCGUCAUGGUCGUGAUCGCCGAGCUCGGCAACCCCAAGGAGCCGUUCCAAGUUGCCAGUGGCCCGCAAAUUAUGUAUACCCCAGCGCUCCAGGAGACCCUCGCCGUCGUCGACACACUGGUCCUGACGAAUUGGAUGUUGCACUGGUACACCGAGUCCAACUUGUGGACCGCAUUCCUGAAUUCGCUGAACAAUCUUUCGACGCUGGUUCUCGCAGAGUGUGCCCUUGUCUCGGAAUGGGAAGCACUCCUCGGCGACAGGGCAGCUAGUAUUGCAUUCCUGACGCUUGACAAUGAUGCGGUGCGCUACAAGGAACCGCACGGCUACGACGAGCUGGACAGCACUUAUGGCACGAGUCUGUGGGAUCGAUCAGACGGUUUUUGGAUGUAUAUGGCCCGAAGUGUCGGCUGGAGACUUAAGUAA